UUAGCUUAGCUUCGUUAGCAGCCUGCUUUAGAGUUGGCCUUGUACACGGUAAUAAAGCUCAAGUUAGCUAACAGUGGUGAUGGUAGCGUUUACAGUCAUCAUUUAUACCUGGUUUGAAGUAUUAAUAACACAAUAUAAUGGGUGUUUACUUGUUCUACACGUACGGAAACAUAUGGUUAGGUUGCGUUUACCCUCUGGCUAUAACUUCAAUGGGCUAACAAGCUGUUUGGGUUAAAGUUGAAGGUAUUUGCUUAGCUUUUGCUAGCAAGGUAAGGAAACUAACCUACCUGACCAUCAGAGACGUCCACCAUAAUGUCCCCUUCAGUAUGUUGACGCUGACGUCUUCCCUAACUUUGUGCAGAGGGAGGCAGCUGGAAGCUAGCUAGCUAGCAAGCAUGCAGCACUGGCCCGGUGUCUCCAGGAGGCGGCGCUGCUGAGAGGCGAGUGGUCGGUGUGGAGUGUUGGUGCCUACCGAGCCGGCCAUGGAUGACUUCAACACCAGGACGUAUGGCACCAGCGGCAUGGACAACAGACCUCUGUUUGGGGAGACCUCAGCACGGGAUCGAAUCAUCAACCUGGCAGUGGGGGGAUUCACGUCUCUGGUUGUUUUAGUGACUGUUAUCAGUUCUUUCGUGUUCCCCUCAUUGCCUCCACGACCGCUCAAUGUCUUCUUUGCCGUGUGCAUACUGUUGGCAUGUGGAUCCGCUUUAGUGCUGAUAUUCUGGUACCGGCAGGGCGAUCUGGAGCCUAAAUUCAGGAAUCUGAUCUACUACAUGCUGGUGUCCAUCUUGCUGCUGUGUCUAUGUGCCAACCUCUACUUCCACGAUGUCAGGUAAAGAUGAUGAUGAUGAGGAGGAGGAGAAGGAGGCGGAGGAAGGGAAGACAUGGCCUUGAUACAUGACAUGGAAGGACUACAUGGAGAGACUCAACACACACUAACUUGAAUAAAUUUCCUGCCUGACCGGCAGCAAACUAAUGAUUUCUUGGACCAAAACCAGUGAAGCGUAGUGGUUCCAGUGGGAUAAAACUGUCAAGACUCGUUGGUGCUGAAAGCUAAUGCACUGCACAAACACACACAAUGUCACAGUGUAGAAAUCAGGAUGCACGGCUAGAGGCCAUUAAUCUGCCUGGAGACACACUGCUGGAUAAUGAAACAGGUGUGUUUACACUUGUAUCCUUUUCACAAUAACAAGCAUUGGGUUUGGUGUGAAGAUGCAAAUGUUAAAGGAAAAAUCCUCCCUUUUAUCCUUUUACCGUCUGUCCCAUCUCGUUAUAUUUUACAUGUUUUUCUUUGCCCUCAAGUUGCUGAUUAACUUAAUUUACAUCUUUAGACGGGGGUACCAUUGUAGCUUUGUCAUUUACAUGAACCUCUUAAUCAUGCCACUAAAUUGAGACACAAACUGCGUCUCAUGACAAGCAACACUUCCUUCAAAGUUUUUAGUUUAUGGUGCAUUCAGGGUCAGAAAUGAUAUAAUCACAUAAACUGGACCGAUGCAGACUUACCACUGCAGGGUGUGAAUAAUGAAAGCUAGACAAGUGCUAGGUGCUGACGCCAAUUUCGUACUACACACGAUUACUAAAGAGUAUGUGUUACUAAGUGUCAUAGUAUUUUGUUUUUAGUUGAUAUUCAGUGUAAUUUACAGGUUUGUACUAGCAGGGAUUUGACCCAAUACACACGCCAAUUGAUGUCAAACUUCUCAAUAAAAAAAAGCGAAUUGUUUUCCCCAAGGUUGAAUACUUUAAUACCUUUAAUAAACCUAUAUUCUCAAGCCAUCAUCAUCUGCAAUUUAAAUUAUGUUGACAGUAUGGCUGAGAACUAAGUUCUGUAUUGGAAACAAUAUUUAAUUAACACCACCAAUGUGCAGCAACCCCCUGGGUGAUGCACAGCAGUCUUACGACGCCAGCCACUCCCCAGACAUCGCUUGGUAGAGAGGGAGGGGAACAUAUUUUUAGUGGUGGGGAAAACCAGAUUUCCCAGAGAAAACC